GAGAGAGAGAGAGAGAGAGAGAGAGAGAGGUAUCAAAGUUGAAUCAAUGGCAGAAAAAGUUGGAGUAGAAGGAGACAGAGAUGUGAAAGUACCAAACCUCAAUCCAUCAUCAAUUACUUCAGGCGAACAGACCGUUUGGGCCGAUGUUUCGCCUCUCCUCGAAUCCGCAUGCAAAGAUCUUCAAGAUGGUGAGCUUGUACAUGGAGAGAAUUUCAAUCUUUUUGCUGCCAUGUCUGCCUUGGAGAUAAUGGACCCAAAGAUGGAUUCGGGUAUUGUCUGUAGAUAUUAUUCUGUUGAUGAGGCCAUUGAGAAUGGUGCUGCUCCAGUUCCUUUGAGUUUUGAUAAAACUAUUGAUGUUCAGUGUACUAUUGACAUUAUGGAUCAUCUUCUGGCAUGUGAGGCAACAUGGCAUAAGGGUCAUUCACUGGCACAAACUGUUUACUCUUGCAUCUACCUUCAGAGGCCUGAUAGAACAUCAUCACAUGCAUUGUUGCAUUCUUAUUGCAGAGUCAUUCGGGCAACCUGCAAUUCAGUUGUUUCAGUGGUUUCGGAGACACGCACACAUGAAGAAGAAGAUCUUUUUACUAUGGCAUAUGGUCUGCCUUUGAAGGGGGAUGGGGAUGAAAAAAACUUAUCAAUGCUGCAUGCAGUAGAAGAAACUAUUUCUCGUCAAUUACGUGCUUGUAAAGCUCCGUCGUCCAAGAAGAGACUAGUUGAAGAUGUAGAGCCAUUACAAACUAAUCUUGAUCUGGAAGAAGGAUACUGCAAAUCUUUGUUAUGCCGCUUACGCUUUCGUAAGCACUUCUACCAUGUUUUGACGUGCAUGAGGCGACCUCAAGGCAGAGGUUUGGAGUUGGCCAGAAAACAUAUAGCGUCCUGCUUAUUGGAGCUGGAUUCCAUUCUUAAAUCAGCGGAAUUCCUUGGGUCCAACAAUGCAUGUGAAACCUCUUUAGAUGGAAUAGAAGGCAGAACAACUGCUUCUGGCCGUCAACCAAUUGGGUUUGAUUCCACUUUAAACAAUAGAUUAGCUGCUCCUACUCCACCUCGAGCAAUCAAAAUUCUUAGCUGGAAAAAGGCUGUUGAGUAUUUCCAAAAGCUUCUUCAUGAUCUAGAUAUCAUAUGUUCCUACUCGUUGGAUCCCUUGUUUGAAGGUGUUUUGCGCUUUGUUGUUGAGUUCCAAAAGUUUCAGCCUGAUUUGGUCGCUAGAGCUCAUCUUCAGCUUCUUUUGCUUCAAGAAGGGAAACUCUAUGGGCGUGAUCCUGUCUUUGCUAUGAUCUGUAAGGCUGCUGUAUUACCUGAAGUGACAAAAAGUCAUGACAUUCAGAAGAAUGAAUCUGUUGUACAACUAGUGCAGUUAGUGAUCAGUUUGCUUAGAAUUCUUUGUACAAAUGCUGCAUGGCAAAGGCGUAAACUUGGGAAAAUUGUACAAGAUUGGCGUGUCAUAUAUUUACAGCUAGAACUGGCUUUUAGAAAGGAGUUUGGAGAAAUCUCAAGCACUUCCAUUGAUGAGAAUGUAUGCAUUAAAAUUUCGAAACAUAUCCUCAAUUGGGUAGAGGAGCAAACAUAUUGGAUAGCUUCUCGUUUUCUUAUGCUGGGCUUUGAAUUGGAGCUGUAUUCUCCCUGUGAAUAUUGCAUGGUGUAUUGGUAUAUAUAUGUUGUCUUGAUCAAGCUUGCGGAGAAAACACAUUUGAAGAUGUUGACGAGCAAUGAAAUUGCUAAACGGAAGGGGAAGAAGAAAAGGGAAUCCCUAAAGGAUGCGGCAAGGGACUAUCAGAUCCCACCCGUGGUCUUGUUGCUUCAGUGUCAGAUAUAUCUCGCUGAAGGGCUCACAAUGAUGCUUGCUGCUUUGAGGAAUGAACACAAGGUCUUUCAAAGUCUGGGUCCUUUUAAUACUGAGCACGAGAGAUUCAUUCAGCAUUUUGAAUUCCUACAAAGAGCUUGCAUUCCUGAUCAUGUCUCAUACCUCUCUUUCAAAGAAUCUACCAACCAUGCCCGCUUAUCGACAAUCGUUGUGUAUAACUGCUUUAAAGAUGCUCAGAGGAUUGCAAAGGAGCUAAGGAGUAGUUUUUCAAAUGAUCGAGACAGGAUGGUGGAACUUCGCCAGAUUGAGCAGGUGGCAGAACACAAUGGUGUUGCCCUAAAUCUUGUAUGCCGGUUAGGAACUCUUGACCCAUCACUUAAGGUUUACUUUGAGUUCAGCCACCAUCCUUACUUUGCUACUGCUGUUGUGAAGAGAUCUUGAUGGUGGUCUUUAAUGAUCUCCACCAAUUUUGAUAUGCUUGAUAGAUUUUCAUUGCUUUUGAGCCAUGCAACAUAGCAUCUGUAACAUUAUUUCUUUUCUAUUUCUUCCUCUCAUCAUUGUUUAACGAUAAUGUAAUUUGCAAUCCAGAAAAAUAAUCUCAUUUCUUAAUGUAUAAUUGAACCUUUGUUGCGGGACAAUGUAUUAUAGUUAAGUUGAGUUGCACAGAAAGUUUACAAACUUCCAG